GGCAUGAGAUCCUUGUACAAUGUGCAGCACAUGCAGCGCCUGGUAAAGACCCAGCCAUUGCAAUUGGAAUUGCGUCACUGCUGCCUUCUGGGAGUUGAAGCAGAAAGAUGAGAUGUAAUGAGCGGGAGUAAGCUCAUGGCACGAUUGGAUGACGCUGAUCCCAUGGGGUUGGACUCGUUGGAGGUUGAAUUUUACGAACACGUGAGCCACGAUAUGCGCCGUGCACGCUCCGAGAAAGGUUUGGCGUCAGUUCACGAGUCGACCGAGCUGGAACCAAAGACGGCUGUACCUUGUACAAACGUCCGUUCUCUUCACCUUCUUUUCGGUGGUGCUCCAUUCCAAAUAUCCUGCUUAACUCGGCUGCCCUUUAUUAUUGACAAUUCCCAUCAUCCUGAAUCGACAAAAUUGCAUGUCGAUUUGCCGUCUUUCCGGGCGAUAACCUUUCCUUAUCCAUAUCAUCGAGCUCUCACGACUCCGCGGCCUGUGGCUUCUUCGUUCAUCUCAACUCGGGUGCCCCGAAUCUUGCCUAGCAUCGGCUGCGGUAAUUUGCAACUCUGCUGCUUCCCAGAACCUUGAUUUUUCUGGGCUCAAUGAUCGUUCCCAAUGAUAUGCCGCUCUUUUGAAUCCUCUUCGCUUGGCGCAGCUGGGCUGACGGUUGCCAAAAAGCCUUCAUUGUGCUUCCUUUCACAUAGAAGAGCUUGUCUGAACAGCCAUUAGGUCUCAGUCUCGUUGCGGAAGGCAAUGGUCCUGGAGUCGUGAAUCGGCAUUCGAAAUCCUCGAAUUCGCUCAUGUUUGCCGCAGAAAGCAACG